AUGGCCAACCUCAACGUCACUAUCCCGAACCUCAAGCUCAACGAUGGCACGUCUAUGCCAAUGUUGGGCUAUGGAACCGGGACGGCUUGGUUCAAGAACGGAGAAGAGAGCAAGAUUGACCAAGCUACUAUUGAUGCCGUGAAAACAGCGACAAAGUUGGGGUACACACACCUUGAUGGUGCCGAGGUAUACAAGACGGAAUCCGAGCUUGGAACAGCCAUUAAAGAGAGCGGAGUUCCCCGCGAGAAACUCUAUGUCACAACAAAAGUGUGGCACGGCAAUAUCAAUGACAUUGCCGGCGCGCUUAAGACAAGUCUGAAGAAGUUACAAUUGGACUACGUCGACCUAUACCUCAUCCACCACCCAUGGUUCGCAAACUCGGACGCCGAGCUCCAAAAAGCUUGGGCAGACAUGGAAGCCGUCCAAGCCUCCGGUCUCGCCAAAUCAAUCGGAGUAUCAAACUACCUGCCCACCCACCUAGCCGCAACCCUCAAGACGGCCAAAGUAAAGCCCGUUUGCAACCAGAUCGAACUGCACCCCUAUCUCCAACGCCACGAACUCCUGGAAUUCCACAAGCAGAACGGGAUUGCAACAACGGCCUACGGACCUCUGACUGCAGCAACCAAAGCAAAGCCUGGCCCACUGGACGACUACGUCGAGAAGCUGACGAAGAAGUACGCAGUGAGCGAGAACGAGAUUUACCUGAGGUGGUGCAUUGAUCAGGAUAUUGUGCCUGUGACGACGAGUGGCAAGGAGCAACGGUUGAGUGAUUACUUGAGGGCGAUGACGUUCAAAUUGACGCCUAAAGAGAUCAAGGAGAUCAAUGAGUUGGGGGAGCAGAAACACUUUAGAGGGUUCUGGAACGAUAAGUUUGCUGAGAAUGAUCGGUCGUAGCUUAGGUUCUGAGAGAAAAGGGGGUUGCCACGAGUUUGAGGAUGCGCAUCAAGUGAGGGCGAGGAAAGUGAUGGAGCGUGACGACUGAGAGUAUUGCGAGGUCAUACAUGAACAUGCUGUAGAGAUAUAUUGAGAUUGUAGCACGUCCGGUAGAGCCGCGUAGGUACAUUCACUUGGUAGUCAUUCUAGGCACAAUAUGAAAGUAUGGUUUUUGUUGAGAA